CACUGGAACGUCACCUCUCUCUUUCCUUCUCUCUCUUACUACAUUCACACAUUUGUCAAAAAACACACGCGAUUGAACACCUCACUUGCAACAGAUAGACGAUGCAGCCAGCGCAGUAAAAUUAUUUCUCGAAAUCGAUUUUAAUGAAUUCAGGUAUUUUAAUGUAUUGAGAUAGCGUUUUGGUCUUUGCUUUUUGGUGGUUUUGCUGCAAAAUGGCUUCAAACACGACUGUAACAUGCUUACCGCCGAUGAAGGCCACCUCCAAUGGGGUCUUCCAAGGGGAUAAUCCUGUCCACCACGCACUUCCUCUCUUGAUUAUACAGAUAUGCAUUGUGCUGGCGUUGACCCGAUUACUAGCAUUUCUUCUCCGGCCGCUAAGGCAGCCACGUGUCAUUGCUGAGAUUGUUGGAGGCGUUCUACUUGGUCCUUCGGCUUUGGGACGCAACCAUAAAUAUCUUCAUGCGAUUUUCCCACCUAGAAGCCUCACAGUUUUGGAUACUCUUGCCAACCUGGGCCUCUUAUUCUUCCUGUUCCUCGUAGGCCUUGAAUUGGAUCCAAAGUCUCUUCGACAGACAGGAAAGAAAGCCUUAAGCAUUGCUCUAGCAGGAAUCAGUCUCCCAUUUGGUUUAGGAGUUGGGGCGUCAUUUGUGCUCAGGGCUACUAUUUCCCAAGGUGUGAGUCAAGGACCAUUCUUGAUUUUCAUGGGAGUAGCUCUUUCAAUUACUGCAUUUCCUGUUUUGGCUCGUAUUUUGGCUGAACUUAAGCUAUUGACUACAAAUGUUGGUAGAAUAGCCAUGUCAGCUGCUGCAGUCAACGAUGUGGCUGCAUGGAUUCUUCUUGCUCUUGCUGUUGCCUUAUCAGGCACAGGCCGCUCUCCACUUGUUUCCUUAUGGGUCUUCUUAUGUGGGUUUGGUUUCAUACUGUCAUGCGUGAUUGUUUGCCCUGUUGUUUUCAAAUGGGUUGCUAGACGCUGUCCUGAAGGUGAGCCAGUUGACGAGAUAUAUAUCUGUGCUACACUUGGUGCUGUUUUGGCUGCUGGUCUCGUCACUGAUAUCAUUGGGAUUCAUGCACUUUUUGGUGCCUUUGUUAUGGGCGUUCUUGUUCCAAAGGAGGGAGCAUUUGCAGGAGCCCUUGUGGAAAAAGUAGAGGACAUCGUCUCUGGCCUAUUUCUUCCUUUGUACUUUGUAUCAAGUGGAUUAAAGACAAAUGUAGCGACCAUUCAAGGGGCUCAAUCUUGGGGUCUUCUUGCUCUAGUCAUAUUUACUGCCUGUUUUGGGAAGAUUUUUGGCACUGUUUUGGUCUCUCUCUGCUGCAAGGUUCGGUUUAGAGAGGCGCUAACACUAGGUUUCUUGAUGAACACUAAAGGUUUGGUGGAGCUUAUCGUCCUUAACAUCGGGAAAGACCGCGGGGUUCUGAAUGAUCAGACUUUUGCGAUUAUGGUUCUCAUGGCGUUAUUCACUACAUUCAUAACGACGCCAGUUGUCGUGGCCAUAUAUAAGCCAGCUGAAAUGGCUAAAUUGGAAUACAAAUACAGAACAAUUCAAAGGAAGGAACCUGACACUCAGCUCAGAAUGUUUAUCUGCUUUCAUAGCACAAGAAAUAUUCCAACAUUGAUUAAUCUGAUGGAGGUUUCGCGUGGUACUGGGAAGAAAGGAGGGCUUCGCAUCUACGCAAUGCACCUAAUGGAGCUGUCUGAAAGAUCAUCGGCGAUUCUGAUGGUGCACAAGGCAAGAAACAACGGGUUGCCAUUUUGGAACAAGGUGAACUCUGAUACAAACCAAGUUGUGGUUGCUUUCGAUGCAUUCCAUCACCUCAGCCAGGUUUCCAUACGACCAACAACCGCGAUCUCGCCCUUUUCUAGCAUGCACGAGGACAUUUGCACCAGCGCCGAGAGGAAGAUGGCUGCAAUAAUAAUCCUCCCAUUCCAUAAGCACCAGAGAGUCGAUGGACACUUUGAGACAACACGAGCUGACUUCAGGCAUGUCAACCGCAGGGUUCUUGAGCACGCACCGUGCUCUGUUGGCAUAUUGGUGGAUAGAGGGCUUGGAGGGCCGUCGCACAUUUCUGCAAGCAACGUUAACUACACUGUGACAGCAUUCUUCUUUGGAGGCCACGACGACCGUGAAGCCCUAUCUUAUGGGGCGCUCAUGGCUGAGCACACCGGCAUUCGAUUGAAUGCAGUUCGUUUCAUCGUGGACUCCAAGCUCAUACCGGAUAGCCUUACUUUGGAUGUGAAGGAUGAGUCUGCUGUUGAGGACACAUCAGACGAAGAGUUUCUUGCAGAGUUCAAGCAGAGAGUCUUGGCAGAUGGUUCGAUAAAAUACGAAGAGGUUGGGGUAGGCAGUGAUGCAGACAUAGUUGGUACAAUCUUCAAAUACAACCGCAGUAAUCUGUUCAUCAUCGGACGAAUGCCAGAGUGUCGUCUAGUUGCAGCGUUUGACAAGAAGAGUGAAUGUCCUGAACUGGGACCGGUGGGGAACUUGCUGAUCUCACCGCAGUUUAAGACCACAGCGUCAGUGCUGGUGGUGCAGCAGUACCGGGGGCAGCUGAUGGGAGACUCACUGGCGUCGUUGAAGGAGGAGAAUACGUCUGAUACGGAAGCAGAGGAGGCUGCGUCACAGGAGUCGCGUUGAUCUGUAGUUUUGGUGCUGAGUUUGAGCCUGUUUGAGGUAAUGAUAGCAUAUAUAUAAAACAGGUAUUUCGUUGAAAUAAUCUUUCAUUCCUGACCUUUUAUCUGUUAUGCUUUUAAUAUAAGUCUGAUGUUGCUGAAAUAAUAGCUGCAUGUAUUAAGAGUCAGAUGAUAGUAAAUGUAAAUGCUCAACUGACUAUGAUUAUCUCAAGAGAAUUGCAUAUCCCCAAAAAGUAGUUGUUUGGGUUCA